AUGAAGUGCUGUGAUAAUAUGCCGCAACGGCAUUUGCUCUGCUUUCUACUAACCGCUGACAUUCUUUCUUAUGGGAUUGUCUGCAUCAUAGGCUUGCUCUUCAAAUAUGACUGGAGUUUAACAAUUUGUGAACGAAAGGAGAAUUUGUCGAGAUAUAUUCCUAAACCUCGAACGAAGAUAAUGGGACAAGCAAGAUUCCCAUCAUCCAAUAUUCCCAAAACCAAAAAUCUGCUAGAUUUGCAGUGUUCCCGCACACCACGUUUCAUUGGAAUAUAA